AUGGUUUCCUCCUCAGCUUCUCCGACACCGGGCCCCGCCGCGGAGAGCUCGAAGAAGGCUUUAGGGUUUGUGGCUCAUGCGUUGAAGCGAAAGGACAGCUUCAUUCAAUUGUUCGCCAUGACGGGAAUCCUUCUCCUCAGCAUGCGAUCCUUAGGGCAGAAAUACAAAAUUCACAAUCUCGAAGAAGAUGUUCACGCACUCAGGGACGAGCACGCUUCCCUCUCCGACCGCAUCAGAAUCAUCAAGAGCGACCUCCUUCAAGAAGCUUCUCGUGACUCCUCCGGCCUCUUCGCUUCUCGCCUUCACCGCCUCUUUUCCGCAGAAUAA